GCCAGUCCGCGACAAUCCGAGCCAGCUUCGCAAAUGGCCUCGAUAGAACCAACCGUCCGCACCAUCCAGAUUUGUGUUGCGCCCAUGGCGGACUGACGAUGAACCCGACUCACCAACACGCCCAUCCACUGCGCAGGUGUCCUCGCCCUUCUAGAGCGUGAUGCAGGCACCCAAGGGCGACAAAGGGGUCGUCAACGGGCCACCCGUUGAAGGCGCUCUUGGCUACAUAGUCAUUGUCUUUGACUGCAUCGCCAUCUACAACACGAUCGAGCUGACGUUUAUCAUCUGGGGGUACUUCAAGCGACACUCGGGGCUGUACUUUUGGUCGUUCAUCGUCGCGACGUACGGCAUCCUCCUGUACGCAGUUGGAUUCAUCCUCAAAACCAAGUCGAACCCGCACCAUCCGAGCCCCUACAUCUAUGUGACGUUCAUCGUCCUCGGUUGGAUGGCCAUGGUCACGGGCCAGUCCAUGGUCCUGUACUCACGGCUGCAUCUUGUGUUGCGCGACUCCGACAAGCUGCGGUGGAUCCUAUACAUGAUCAUCUUCAACGCCAUCACCAUGCACAUUCCCACUGCCACCAUGGCGUACGGCGCCAACUCGGACGACUACGCGGCAUUCGUCAGUGUCUACAGCGUGUACGAGAAGAUCCAAGUCACCGUCUUCUUCCUCCAGGAGCUCAUCAUCUCGUCCUUUUACAUCAUGGAGACCAUCAAGAUGGCGCGGCUGCAGUCGGAGCUACAGCAGCAAAACCGCAAGCGUUCGAGGCGGCUCAUGCUGUACCUGAUCACAAUCAACGUCAUCAUCAUCCUUCUCGACUGCACAAUCCUCGGGCUCGAGUACGCGAACCGCUACGCGUUGCAGACGUCGUGGAAGGGCCUGGUGUACAGCGUCAAGCUGAAGAUAGAGUUCCCCAUAUUGAACAGGCUGAAGGAGAUGGCCACGGGAUGCCGAGAGUCGAGCUCGAACCCAAGCGGGGCCGAUGGGGUGGCUGACAGCUCAUGGAGAAGCCCGGACUGGUCAACGAAUGGCAGGGCGCACCAUAAGCACAGCGGAGGAAGCUCCCAGGCGGGCGCCAACAUGACACCGCGGGAGCAUGUAUACCAAGGUCGUCGGGACACCAUGUACAACGCCUACGCGUCGAGCGGGAAUGAGAGUCAGGAAGACGUGGAACGGCAUUCGCAGAACGAUACAAGUGGAGGGUCAGGCGUCGUGUUGCCGACGGAGAUGAUGGUCGAGAUGCAGAACAGGUCGGAGAUGGAUGCGGCUCGUGGCGAGACGCCGAUACGCCCAAACACGUGCGAGGGAACGCCAAGUACGAGGCAGGUCGAGGGUGCGGAUACGUCGACAAUCGGUCGGAGUUGAGGAGUCUGGCUCAAUGUCAAUGUUGGCUGCAAGGUCUAGUAGCUAUCAGGGGAGGAGGGGAGGAAGAGCAGGGGCUGGAGGCGCGUGGAGCAACGCGACGCAGGAACGCUUGAGCUUUGGGUCACGUGUUCUGUAGCAGCCCUGGGCGCCCCUUCUUUCCAGUCUCGUCAUCGACCAUCACCACGCAAACCACACCGCCAGGUC